GAGGAGAGCGUAACUUUAGGUUAGUUUUCCUCCGUUUGCUUCGCUUGACGCGGGCAUCAACAACAUGAUUAUUAUUCUAACAAAAAAUGAGUACAACAAGUGGAAAUUAGUUAAUUGUUGAAGAAAAAAGAAAUACGCGUCCGUUUAAUGGUGAACUUAACAAUUGUAACGAACAACCUUGAAGACAAAUAAAUGCCGAAAAAUGCAAAUGGAGUACGCGAGCAGCCUCCAUGAAUUUUGUUUUCAAUCCGAAGCCUAAAGACAGGAAAAGAAUAUUAAACGUGUUCAAUUUGUGUUGCGCGAAAUAAAAGAACAAAACGAAAUUUUUAUAAAAUGCAAUUUUAUACCAUUUUCAAGUAAAAAGGGAGAAAUUUUCCAUAAAAAGUAAGGUUAUGAAGUAUUUGUUUCGUGCCGACAAUAAAGGAGUGUAUCCAAUCAAUUUUAAAAACUAAAAAAAAUCUAUAUAAAAUAAAAUAAAUAAAAAAUAAAUUUUUUUAAAAAUUAAUUUUUAUAAGAAUGUAAAUAAAAUCAAUGAACGACAAUGAUUAACACCUAUAAGGAUUUAUUAACAUCGGAAACUGCAUUGAAGGAAGAUUCAAAAAUUCAACGUAGUCGAAGUGGAAAGAGAAAAUUUUGUUCAUUAGAUAAUUCAUUUGAAAAUAAUUCAUUUCUCUUCAACGAAGACUAUGAUCAUAUAACACUUCAACUUCAAGAGACAAAUUCAUUUUUCGGUAUGACAAAUAUUAAUAGGCCAUUCACAUUGGUAAAGCGUGAAAAAAUAAUGAAAGAAGAACUUGAGGAAUUUGAUAAUUAUCGGGAAUUGACAAAAUUAGAUUUCAAAUAUGAACCACGAUCAGAUGUUGAGCAAGAAUUUAAAUAUGUGGACAAUGACUUUCAUGAAUCGCAAAUCGAUAAUUCUCUAUCAUCCAGUUCUUUAGAAAGUUAUCCCACACUCGUGAAAAAUGAUAAUAUUCAAUUAAAAGAAGAACUCGAGGAAUUUGAAAAUUAUCGUGAAUUAACAAAAUUAGAUUUCAAAUAUGAACCCCGUGUUAACAACAAGCAAAAUAUUAAAUAUGAAUCAACGAGUACAAAUACAUAUUUUACAAAUGUUGAAAAUUCAUUGUCAUCAAAUUCUUUGGAAACAUUUCAGGGUUUAGGUCAUUACGGACAUCAUCCAGAUCCUGGUGAAGUGGAUUUACCUCCGGAGACACAGCCAACACCACCUAGUGCAACCCUCGUCGGUACAACAAUCACACAUCUCAGGGAUUCAGACCAUCAAUCAGCAGCAGAGAUCCAAAAUUGCGACAGUGUGAAGAUAAAAUUCGAGACCUUACACACAAUGGAUUCGUCGGACACAAUAGACAUCGACAGUCAUAUGUCAGACAGAGCGAGUGUGAGUUCGAAAAAUGCGGGCGACAACGAUAAUAUGAUGAUGAUAACACCCGAACUCCUUGGUCUUAUGCCUUCUGGAAACUCCGUCCAUUCGGAUUCUGGGGAGAAUAAUUCUAGAGGUCAUUCGGGUCAAUCGGGAUCUCAUCAUCAUGGAUCGAAAUCAUGGACGCAGGAAGAUAUGGAUGCGGCUCUUGAUGCUUUGAGGAAUCAUGACAUGAGUCUGACAAAGGCAUCCGCAACCUUUGGCAUACCCUCGACCACUCUCUGGCAAAGAGCUCAUCGCCUAGGAAUCGACACUCCCAAGAAGGAUGGACCAACAAAAUCGUGGAGUGACGAGAGUCUGAAUAACGCCCUCGAAGCCUUAAGAACUGGGACAAUUUCUGCAAAUAAGGCAUCGAAAGCUUUUGGAAUACCUUCUAGUACUUUGUAUAAAAUUGCCAGGCGAGAAGGUAUCAGACUCGCGGCACCCUUCAAUGCGAGCCCCACAACAUGGUCACCGGCUGAUCUCGACAGGGCAUUGGAGGCAAUCAGAUCCGGUCAAACGUCAGUGCAGAGAGCGUCGACAGAAUUUGGAAUUCCAACCGGCACUCUUUACGGACGGUGCAAACGAGAGGGAAUUGAACUCAGCAGGAGUAACCCCACUCCGUGGAGCGAGGACGCGAUGACCGAGGCUCUUGAGGCUGUUAGGCUGGGACACAUGAGUAUAAACCAAGCCGCAAUUCACUACAAUUUACCGUAUUCGUCGUUAUACGGACGUUUCAAAAGAGGUAAAUACGAAGAUCCAGUAGUCAACGAAAUGUCACAAGACGGUAGCAGUCCACAUUAUCAUCAUCAUCAAAGUCCAAGUCAAAAUCAUUCUUCUUCUCUUCCGGAUCAAAUGCCCUACCAGGGUAGCUGAAAUUUACCUCUUUAUUAGGUUAUUUAUAACUUAGUUCACUUCACGUUUCGAAUUCAUCGUCAAGAAUUCGUCACUGACUUAAAACUGAAAUCAACACAAAGGAAGAAGAAGGCAAGCGAGCAAAGAUCAAUUACGUAUUUGAAUCAAAGAUUCACACUAAUAAAAAAGAAAAGAUCUUGCAGUAUUAAAGACGAACCAAGAGAAGCGCACAUUAUUGUAUAUUCUAUCAUUUUCAUCUGCGGGUCAUUUUGGAGCUAUAAUGUGAAAUUUAAUUAUAGGCAAAUAUUUAUUAAGAACAGGCUCCUCUUUCUCUCACUUUCUCUCGAGACAUUUUUCAUAUUUCAAGCAAACAAUUCUUAACUACUGUUCCAUAUUCCUUUUUGCAGAAUAAUUUUAUUUAUCAAAAACAUUUUAUGAAAAAUAUCUAGUUUACUGUUUAAUUACAAUUAUUCUCCAAACUUAAGUCGCAUAUAAAUGACAAACAAAAAAAAAAUUACUAUUGAAAAUUGCAUACGUAAGGGAACCAAGUGACCAUUAGGAUAAGACGCGAUAGUGUAUCUUUUCACCAUGAGUAUUAAUCGACUUUUCUAAAAAGAAAAUUUUUGUUUAAAACAAAAUGUAUGCGUAGAUUGUUCUUAUGUUCCGAACGAUUACAUUUUAGUAUUGUGGAUUGGUAAACUAGGUAUAAGAAAAAUUAAAACUUUUUUAUAAAUUAAUGUCAGAAAACUUUUUAAUGGCAUUGAAAACUAAUGUAUAAUACUUCUUGUGUGAUUUAAAACAAAAAAUUUACUAGACUUUAGUUCAUGAACAAAGUUUGUUUCUAUAUUAUAAUAUGCUUAUUGUACUGCGAAAUUUUAUAUAACUAGUUCUGUUUGUAAAUAUUUAGAAGUUUUUUUUACUAAAAUUAUAUAUGUACAGUUCGUUUAAUAAUUUUAUGGCUGUCUAUUGAUUAUAAGUAUUUUUUUUUAAUUUCUUAAUUUUCAUUUAUAAUACAAAAAAAAGAGGGGAAGAGCUAAAUUUUAAAAAAUCAAGCUUAAAAUUCCCCUUGAAAAAUUAUCUUAUAGGACAUUAAAUUAUCGUGACUUUUGAAUUAAAAUUAUUUUUUUAAGACUGAAGUAUUUAUUCUUUGAUUCAUGGUGAAUGGCGUACUAGAGCCUUAUCAUAUAAAAAAAAUUAUUGUAGUCUUAUUUGUCUUUAAUGCGAUGUAUUUUAGUAAUUUAAAAUCAAAGGACAGUUUCAAUUAUUGCUGAAUAUGAAAUAAUUAUAAAUACAAAAAAAUGAAAAACGUAUUAAUCAAAAAAAAAAAAUUAAGUCUACAAAAUUAUGUCCUAUUUUUUCAAUAAGUGAUAAAUGCCAGAAAACCAAAAGGUUUUAAGUUCGCUCAUAAAUAUAUAUAAUAGAGAAGAAAAAAAAAAGAAAUAUUUCUUUUACGAAUUCUUUUAUCAUACAGAAAAAAAAUAUACUUACAUGAAUGAACAGUUUAUUUUAUUGUUCAUUGUAGAAUGGACUGAGUAGGGUACGAUAAUAUUAAUAAGUGAUUGUUUUUGGAAUUAGAUAAUAAAUCGGCUGAUGAGCAGUAUGUGUUUCAUUAUUAAUGAAAGAUUUUUUUGUUAAUAAUUUUCCAAAAAAAAAGAGAAAAUUUGGAAAUCUUUUUUUUAUUUCGCUGCUCAAUUGCCAACGCGUAUAAAUACGUCAUACACACUAUUAAUUUAUCAUACCAACAAAACUACUACAUCACCUAAAAAGUAUAUAAAAUAUAAAUACAUAUUACCUAUAAAUAUAUGUACAGUUUAUAUAUUUUAAAUUAAAAAUUAAUGCAACUGUA